AUGUGGUUCUUUGGGGCCAACUCCGAAACCCUCCCUCACAUCCUUGCUAGCGGGACUACUCAAGAUGACCUGAGACGCUCCUCGCAGGAGGCUCUUGUCUCUACUCUAGAGCACCGUUACGUCAACCAAGGCUUGAAGAAGGAAAAAAAUGCGGGUCAGUUGAGCCGAAGAGUGAUUCACGAAUGUUUCUGGAUGAUGGCAACCAAAAUGGGGCGGUGCCGUUUAACUAAUGCACAGUCCGCCGUCUCGCAUAGUACCUACUUUCCUGGAGGGUCCAAGGGCGCCCGACGGUGUGGAUCGAGCGCGAAUCCGGCCGCGGUCCAUCUGACCGGGAUCUUCCCCGUCAAAGAAGGAUUGCAAGGCUAG